CUAGUGGCACUAGUCUUUCUCUCUGUCUUAGACACGUGUCUCGAGUAGUCGUCUUACACCUGUUUGAUCGUCCCUCCCCGCACCUCCCCCGGUGAAUGAGGUUUCUCACACAGUGGCUCCACUGAAAGUGCGAAAUGUGAACCAUCUCUCAGAUGGAGCUCAUCUCACAAUCUGCUCUCCUGACAUGUCCUUCGUCUCAGUCGCUGAAAUCUAGGGUUCACUUUGUGGAUUUCUCUAAGUUUAUCUUCCCGAAGCGCCCGAAAUUCUCCACACAGCCGCAGAAUCUGAGACCCAUGGAAGCUCAGAGAACAGUCUCUUGUGUCUCUGGAGCUGGAGAAAAUGGCUCGCCGGUGACAACAAUUCCUCAGACAGAAGGUCGAAUUGGAGAGGUCAAAAGAGUGACUAAAGAAACGAAUGUAUACGUGAAACUAAAUUUAGAUGGCUCGGGAAUCGCUGAUAGCAGUACCAGUAUUCCCUUCCUGGAUCAUAUGCUAGAUCAACUUGCGUCGCACGGCCUAUUUGAUGUGCAUGUCAGGGCUUCUGGUGACACUUAUAUUGACGAUCAUCAUACGAAUGAAGAUGUUGCUCUUGCGAUUGGAACAGUGAUCAUUCAAUGCUCACUUCUUCAUGCGCUUGGAGACAGAAAAGGAAUUAACCGGUUUGGUGACUUUUCGGCUCCCCUUGAUGAAACUCUAAUACAUGUUUCACUGGAUUUAUCUGGGCGACCUCAUCUGAGUUAUGAUUUACAAAUACCCACUGAGAGAGUUGGAAAAUAUGACACCCAGCUCGUGGAGCACUUUUUCCAGUCAAUUGUGAAUACUCCUGGUAUGACGCUCCACAUCCAGCAGCUUGCUGGGAAAAAUUUUCAUCAUAUCAUAGAAGCAACAUUCAAAGCGUUCGCUAGAGCACUUCGUAAAGUAACAGAGUAUGAUCCACGCCGUCUCAGCUAUAUACCAAGCUCCAAAGGGGUAUUGUCACGUUCCUGAUGCUGCUAGAUCAAGUUAUAACAUGGGGUUCAACGUGUAUUUGAGGUAAAGUUUACAAUAAGAUGCACCCCCGUUUCAAAUGAAAGGAUCAUGAUUUUUGAUGCUCUUGCAUUGCUUAAUGUCAGUAAGCUUUGUCAGAAGGCAGCUACCAUUGUCAAACCAAGUGAAAAACAACUACUUUGUCAUGAUAUAUUUCUCAUCAUUCUUCUGAAUAGUUUCUCCUAGGAUUGGAUAAUUCAAUGUGGGACGAAUGUCAAGUGAAUCCAAGUAUUCAGGUCUGUAUGAGCACUGGCUGAAAGUUAAAAGUAAAAGAUAGUAACUUCCAGAAUGCAUUGUUCUUUUAAGUUACCCCCCAAUGGAGUUCCAUCUUACGAGACCA